CCAUGAUUUUCACUGCCACCCAGCAGCCUCUGGGGACAGGCAGAGAGUGGGGCCGAGAGGUUGUUGGCAAAUCACUGUCUUGCUGAAAAGUUCAUUUCCAGAGCAGGAUUUUUAAUGUUAGCCUGGCAUUGCUGCCAGGCUUUGGCCAGAGAUCAAGACAGUGUAGCCAAACCUGAGUGGAGCAAUGGUCUAGGGUGCAUCCCCCUUCUCCCUCACACCCAAAUGUGGGGGGCAGGGCCCUCAGGCCCCUUUGGAAGGCUCUGGGGAGGUGCAGCCCGUCCUGCACCCCCUUCUCCCCACCCAGGCUUCCAGGCACCAGCUAGCCACCGCUCUGAGCUUAGCUGGGAACAGCGAGUAAAUCCUGAGGCAGCUUAUGUGUUUCCCAGGCUCGUCUGGGCUCAGUGCACAUCCAGACCUCAAGAACAGCUGGGAAUGGGGCCAGCCCCAAGGGACUGAGGCAGCCACUGCCCCUUGUUGCUGCCAUGCCACUCACUGGAGCUGGGGAUGGCAGUUCAGGGAGCACUGGACCAUGACAGGGCCUUUGCCCCAUCCUGCUGAGCUGGAAUUUGCCCUGCUGAGCCAUAGUGCUGGAUUCAGAGCAAAGCUCAUCCCCAAGCUGACCCUUUUCCUGCUGCUUUCAGGGCUGUGCUUGGGGCUUGCCUGCUGAAGCAGGGGUGACAAACUCCCUCUGUCCUGCUGUGCUUGGCCCAUCACCCCAGCCACGUGCCUCUGGAUUAUCCCUGAAGCAGAACAGGAUCUAGGGGAGGGGGGCUCCCAGGACUGCUCAGCACCUUCUUGGAUUACAGGCUGGGGAGUUCCUGGCACCCUGCUGAGCCCCAGGCAGGAUUUGUCCCCUCUCAGCCCUGGGGUUUGUCCCCAGCACAGCGGUGCCAGGGUCAGCGCCUCGCUGGGGACAGCGCUGGGCGGGUGCCCCUGUCCGGACCAGCCUCCCGCCCCUCACGGCGUUCCCUGCUCUGCCCCCCCGUGUUUCCCUGUGCCCGGAAGCCCUGGGAAAAGUUCCGCCGAGAAAGCAAAGUCCAGGCUGCGGGCAGCCAUGGCCGGGCGCUGCGGGGCGGUGGCCGCCGGGCUCCGGGCGCGGCUGGGCCGGGUCUGCUGCUCCCGCUGGCUGCGGGGCUGGCAUCGGCCCCCGGGGCCCCCGGGAGCGCGCCGGGCCCAUGCCGGGGCUGCAGCCCAGCUGCAGAGGGAGUACGACGCGGUGGUGAUCGGGGCAGGGCACAACGGGCUGGUGGCAGCUGCCUACCUGCAGCGGGCGGGGCUGCGCACGGCUGUGCUGGAGAGGCGCCACGUGCUGGGCGGCGCGGCCGUCACGGAGGAGAUUGUGCCAGGGUUCAAGUUCUCCCGGGCAUCAUAUCUGCUCAGCCUGCUGCGACCACAAAUCUAUGCUGAUCUGGAGCUGCAGCGGCACGGUCUGAGGGUGCUCCCACGGGACCCCUACUCCUUCACCCCACUGCUGGAGGACAGGAGCCCUCCUCGCUCCCUUCUGCUGGGACAUGACAUGGCCCAGACUCAGCAGCAGAUUGCUCAAUUCUCCCGGAAGGAUGCUCAGGCCUACCCUGAGUAUGAGGCGUUCAUGGGGCGAAUGGUGUUGGCCCUUGACCCACUGCUGGAUGCCCCUCCAGUGGAUACAGCUGCCCUGGGAAAGGGUUCCCUGCUCCAGCAGCUCAGGAACUUGCGAACCCUGAAGCCCUUGCUGCAGGCAGGGCUGGCACUGGGGCGGCAGCUGCCCCACUAUUACGAGGUGCUCACAGCUCCCAUCUCCAAGAUCCUGGAUCACUGGUUUGAGUCAGAACCCCUGAAGGCAACUCUGGCUACUGAUGCAGUAAUUGGAGCCAUGGCCAGCCCACACACGCCUGGCAGUGGGUACGUGCUGUUGCAUCAUGUCAUGGGUGAGCUGGAGGGACGGCGGGGAGCCUGGGGCUACGUGGCAGGUGGGAUGGGCGCCCUGUCCCAAGCCAUCGCCCAGGCAGCGGCUGCCCGGGGAGCCCACAUCUUUGCUGAGAAGGCAGUGUGCCACGUGCUGCUGGGCAGGGACGGGGAGGCGCAGGGUGUCGCGCUGCAGGAUGGGACAGAGGUGAGGAGCAAACUGGUGCUGUCCAAUGCCUCCCCCCAAAUCACCUUUCUGGAACUCGUUCCUCAGCCUCUGCACUGGUGUAUCCCACCCCAGGAGCAGCUGCCAAAGGAUUUUGUCCAGCGCAUCCAGCGGGUUGACACAUGCUCCCCUGUCACCAAGAUCAAUGUGGCAGUGGAUCGGCUGCCCAGCUUCCUGGCUGCCCCCAAUGCCCGCCACGGCCAGCCCCUGCCCCACCACCAGUGCUCCAUACAUCUCAACUGCGAGGGCACCCAGCUCCUGCAUCAGGCAUUCACUGAAGCUGCUCAAGGGCACCCCUCCAGCAGGCCCAUGAUCGAGCUCUGCAUUCCCUCAGCGCUGGACCCAGGGCUGGCCCCGCCAGGCUGCCAUGUCGUGUCCCUCUUCACACAAUACACCCCGUCCAUGCUGGCAGGCGGUCGGCCCUGGGACGAGCAGGCCAGAAAUGCAUAUGCAGACACGGUGUUUGACUGCAUUGAAGACUAUGCCCCAGGGUUCAAGGCAUCCGUCAUUGGCAGGGACAUCCUGACGCCACCAGACCUGGAGAGGAUCUUCGGGCUGCCCGGUGGAAACAUCUUCCAUGGAGGGAUGUCUCUGGACCAGCUGUACUUCGCCCGGCCAGCACCAUCCUACUCUGGCUACCGGUCCCCAGUUCCAGGCCUGUACCUGUGUGGAAGUGGAGCCCACCCUGGAGGAGGAGUGAUGGGAGCAGCAGGACGCAAUGCCGCCCAGGUGGCUAUCAAGGAUUUCAGGCACCUCUGAUGAGAUUGGUGAAACUGACUUCACCAGCACAUGGUUGCAGCAGCAGCAAGAUGCCAUGCAGGGCCCUGCCCAUCCCCAGCUUGCUUCCUCAGCACCUCAGGGCAGCAGCACCUCCCAAGAGCUGGGUGCAGGCUGGCAGGGUCCCUCGUGCACACAGCUGCUACCAUCGCCUUGAACAGAUGGCUGCUCCCAGCCUGCCACAGCCCAGCCUUGCCCCAGUGGCUGCUGGACCCUGCAUGACCAUGGCAAGCCUCACUCGGCCCCUGCCUGUGCCCAUGGAAAUAAACUCUGGCCCAGGCUCUGUCA